GGAGACAGAGUUGGAUGUGAGAGGUGGCGUGGCGCGGAGAGAACGAGAUCAAGAGAGGGCACGCGAGUCCACGGCCGGAGCCAGCAGCAGCAGCAGUGGUGCAGGGGGAGGAGGAGGAGGAGAGAGCUCCAUGCAGUUCAGCACCAGACCGGCCAGCGCCGAGCCGGGCUUCAUGGGGACAUGGACACAGCAGAGCACUGACAGCAACCUCCUAUUCAGAAUGUCCCAGCAGGCCAUCCGCUGUACUUUGGUAAACUGCACAUGUGAGUGUUUCCAGCCUGGAAAAAUCCACCUGCGGACAUGUGACCAGUGCAAGCAUGGAUGGGUCGCUCACGCUCUAGACAAGCUGAGCACACAGCAUCUGUACCACCCGACACAGGUGGAGAUUGUGCAGUCCAAUGUGGUAUUUGACAUCAGCAGUCUGAUGCUAUAUGGGACCCAGGCGGUACCUGUGAGGUUGAAGAUCCUGCUGGACCGUCUGUUCAGCGUCCUCAAACAGGAAGAGGUUCUACACAUCCUCCAUGGCCUGGGUUGGACACUCAGAGACUAUGUUAGAGGCUACAUACUACAGGAUGCUGCAGGCAAGGUUCUGGACAGAUGGACCAUAAUGUCCCGGGAAGAGGAGAUCAUCACCUUGCAACAGUUUCUGCGCUUUGGUGAGACCAAAUCUAUUGUGGAAUUGAUGGCCAUCCAGGAAAAAGAGGGCCAGGCAGUCACAGUGCCCUCAUCAAAGAUUGACUCUGGAAUCAGAACUUUCAUUGAAAGCAACAAUCGCACCCGUAGUCCAGGCCUUCUUUCACACCUGGAGAACAACAGCCCCUCUAGCAUUCACCAUUUUGAGAACAUCCCAAACAGUCUGGCUUUCUUACUGCCUUUCCAGUACAUAAACCCAGUGUCUGCCCCCAUGUUAGGGCUUCCACCAAAUGGACUGACUAUUGAGCAAUCAGGUCUCAGAAUGAGAGAGGCAAAUCUGCCCAGUCAGAGUGAGCCAGUGGAGACCAGUGAGUCUGAAGUGUCACUCUCACCUUUUCAUGGUGGUCAGAGCCCCAGUCAAGGACCAAUGGGGACCCUACCUAACUCCAUUGAACCUAAGACAGAACCUAACAGAGCUUCACCCAUUUCUCCUACACCAUCCAUACAGCAGUCACAGCAGCCGCAUACACCACAAAAGCAACAGCAACAGGGACAGCAACAGCAGUCAAGCAGUCUGAACAACCACCAAAUCCAUCACCAUUUUGAAAAGAAUGAACAAUCCAAAACAAUUACCCAUUCUUCUUUCUCUUCCAAAAUGCAUCGCAUGCGUCGAAUGGGAGCAACCUCACGCAAGGGUCGUGUCUGCUGUAAUUCCUGUGGCAAGACUUUCUAUGACAAGGGCACCCUAAAGAUCCACUAUAAUGCUGUGCAUCUGAAGAUUAAGCACCGCUGCACAAUUGAAGGCUGCAACAUGGUCUUCAGCUCACUGCGCAGUCGGAACCGCCAUAGUGCCAAUCCCAAUCCUCGCCUACACAUGCCCAUGUUGAGGAACAACCGGGACAAGGACCUCAUUCGUUCCAGUUCUGGCACUGCCACAACUGUCAUAUCAAGUGCCAAAAGUGGCUUUUCUCUUACUAGCCCUGGACGGCCACCACUAAAUUUUGCCACUCCUCCUCUCGACCCCAUGAUACAAUCACCUCUGCAGAGCCCUCUUGUCUUCCCUUCCCUGAAGUCUGUGCAGCCAGUGCAACCUGUGCCACCAUUUUAUCGCACAUUGCUCUCUCCUGCUGACCUAGUCAGUCCCCCAGUCUCUCUGCCCACCAGUCCAAUCCUUCCUACCACAACAAACAGCACAUCUCUGACGGACCAGCAGCAACAGAUAUUGGCUGCUGGUUCCCACAACACCAAUGUAGCUGACAUAGUGACUUUUUCUCAUCGACUGCCUACGUCUCCCAGUACCCAAGAUUCCACAACUCUUGACACUAUACCUAAAAAGAAGCCUCGCAAAUCCAGCAUGCCAGUCAAGAUAGAGAAAGAAGUGAUAGAUGUGGCAGAUGAUUAUGAUGACAAAGAUGAUGAUGGUGAAGAUAGUUGUCACCAUCACCACCACCACCAUCCAUCCCACCUCCAUAACAAUGUCAAUGGCAACUGCAACAACAACAAUAACAGCAGCAGUGGUUAUCAUUGUGGGGGUGGUGGACACCAAUCUCCAUCAAUUGAUGAAAUGCACCCUAGUCUAGCCCUUAGAGGCAUGCUCCGUCCUGACCAAGAAGAGUGCAGUGGGAGCCUUCGUGGUAGAGGCACUGGUGACCUGCGCUGUAUUGACAGCUUUAGCUCAGAGGACCAAGAUCAUGAGCGUGACUUCGAAAAUGAGUCAGAGACAUCUGAAUCUAAGAUGCUCUACAGAGAUGAGCUGAUCGACACGGAUGUGCAGCAGCCUACCCUAGGGAGAAACAUGGAUAAAGAACAGCAAGGGGCAGAAGAUGAAGGACACCUCAGGAGAGAUUUAGAGGAACAAAGCCUUUCCCCACCCUCUCAGCACCAGCCUGUUAUCAAAAUCAAGGAAGAAAUCAAUGAUCCUACUUAUGACAUGUUCUGCAUGGGUCAGUACAGCCUUUACAAUGGUGGUAUGGCAGCAGCUGCUGCUGCCAGCAUGGCUGCCUUACAUGAAAGUUUUAUCUCCUCUAUGAGCUAUGGAACAAGCCCAUCAAAGUUCUCCUCUCAAUCCCCUGAGGGUGACCUCUGCUCCAGCCCUGAUCCCAAGAUCUGCUACGUCUGCAAAAAGAGCUUCAAAAGCUCCUACAGUGUCAAACUGCACUACAAGAAUGUGCACCUUAAAGAGAUGCAUGUGUGCACUGUGGCUGGAUGUAACGCUGCUUUCCCUUCCAGAAGAAGCAGAGACAGACAUAGCUCCAACAUUAACCUGCACCGCAAACUACUGACCAAAGAGCUGGAUGACAUUGUCCUGGACCCCCAGCUUACGACCCUGCCUAAGGAUCUCCGUGCUGAGUUCCUGUCAAAGAUCUAUGCUGGCCACCAUGUGGGACCGGAAGGGGUGGGGAGUGCUGGCAGUGGACUGCCACGAAGUCUAGGCCAUAAGGAGAUGGGAUCUCCAGCCGCUACUGAAUAUUCACACAGCAAUGGCUAUUACUGUGGCCCCAAUGAUUACAUGGUGUUGGACCUGAGCACCGCCUCCAGCGUACAAUCAAGUGGCAGCAUGCAAUCCUCGCAGGAGUCUGAUGAAGGCAGCGAUGAGGGCAUCCUGCUGGAUGACCUGGAGGGUGCGAGUGACACUGAGGACUGCACCCCUAGUAUUAGGGCUCACAGUCUGGCAGGGGAAGGAAAGGAUGGAGAAGAGGCAAGGAAGGAUGGAAGAAAAGGAGGCAAAGAGGAAGGGCUUUUGCUCUGGGACCCCUCCUUCUCACCAUCCGUCUUGGCAUCCAGUGGAGGUAAUGGGGCAGGAGGCAUCCUUUGCACCAUCUGCCACAAAAUGUACAGUAACAAAGGGACCCUUCGGGUGCACUACAAGACUGUCCACCUGCGUGAAAUGCACAAGUGCAAAGUGCCUGGCUGUAACAUGAUGUUUUCUUCUGUGAGAAGCAGAAACAGGCACAGCCAGAACCCCAACCUACAAAAAUGCCCCUAUACAACAAUGAUUGAUUAGACCACACAUCCCUCCCUACCCCACAGCCAGAAAGCUUCUUAUACUCCACAUGACACCCUCCUCUCCAUUCCCCAGCAGCAACCCCAUAAUGCCAUAAACAACGGCAUUGAUUUGCUGAAAAUGUUGGUUACAAUGUACAAUUAAGUUGUAUUUGUAAACAUUAGUUAACUACAUUAGUUAAAAUGAACUAAAAAUGAACAAUACUUUUACAGCAUUAAAGUAAUCUUUGUUGAUGUUAAUUUUAAUAAAUACUAAUACAUUUUUUACCCUAGAACGCAUAUGUAACUUCACCCCCCUUAAAUGCAAAUCUAGAUGUUUAUUCUUUAUAAAACUACUUUUUUUGGGAAAAGUAACUCUAAUGAUAAUUGUAUUAGUAAUUAAAAAUUUUAAAUAGAUGAUAUAUCUUUUAUUAAAUUCUGAAGAGUUUCAGAGAAGUUUUAGGUGACAGUGUAAAAACCUUGUGUAACAGAAAUAUGAGCAAUGAGCGUUAAAAUAUGAAAUGUCUCAACAGCUCUACCCACACAAACACAUACAUAUAAAUAGACUAGGAUAAAAUGUUUUUUUUUUUUUUUUGUUUGUUUUUUUUUUUACAAAAGAAUUAGUUUUAACUUAUAAAAUGACAAUCUUACGUUCUCUAAAUUGCUGUAUAACACAGUUUUCUAUAUUACUCUAUGUAGCUAUAUUAGUUGUUGGGAGUGGUCAGGCAUACUAAAAAAAAGAAAAGUUGCAGGUUUGAAUACACUAAAAAGUGGUCCAGGAGCUCUGACCAUUGUGCCCUUGCUGUGAACGAGUCAUCUAACAUCAGGUUACAGUACAUGAGGACUGUCCCUGUAAUAGCUAUAAUGCCAAGCACUUUGGACAUAGGCAUAGGCUGAAUGACAACUUUCUAUACUUGCAUACAACACAUCAAUUUGAAGUUGAACAGGGUAUUUAACAUAUAUUUCAUUACAUAACAAAUGGAAACUAAUAAAAGGUCCCUAUUUUAAGAGCGCUAGCACUAAGCGCAGCACUAUGCCAUAUGUCAUAAGCAUAAAGUAAAUGGGCAUGGCCAUAUAUUUUCGUGCAAGCAUGCGCUAAGUAUAGGCGCAAGUGGGUUUGGUGAA